CACCCCGGCCCCGAGCCCCGACCCGAGCCUCGGAGCGGGAGCCGAGUGUGCGCCCGAGGGAAGACGAUGCUGCAAUAGCAGCCACAAUGCCCUUUCCGCUGGGCGACCCGAUAGUCAACAACAACUCGGAAGCCAAGGAUUACUGUUACAAAGCCCGGAUCAGAAGCACUGUACUCCAAGGGCUGCCUUUUGGGGGAAUUCCCACAGUACUUGCACUUGAUUUCCUAUGCUUUCUUUUGUUGCUGUUCCUGUUCUCUGUCCUGCGAAAGGUGGCCUGGGACUAUGGACGACUGGCCUUGGUUACCGAUGUUGACAGGAUGCGACGCCAGCAGAAAGACCGAGUGGAACAGGAAUAUAUGUCCUCAGCAAUGCAGGCAGACAGCCAUGACCGCUACGAGCGCCUCACUUCUGUCUCCAGCUCCGUGGAUUUUGAACAGAGAGACAAUGGUUUCUGCUCCUGGCUGACAGCAAUCUUCAGGAUAAAGGAUGAAGAGAUCUUGGACAAGUGUGGAGCUGAUGCAGUGCACUACCUGACGUUCCAGCGGCACAUCAUUGGGCUGCUUGCAGUCGCAGGUGUUCUCUCCGUGGGCAUUGUGCUUCCUGUCAACUUCUCAGGGAAUCUGCUUGAAAACAACCCCUACAGCUUUGGGAGAACCACCAUUGCCAACCUAGACUCAAGUAACAACCUGCUAUGGCUGCACACCUCUUUCGCCUUUCUAUACCUACUACUCACUGUGUAUACCAUGCGAAGACAUACCUCCAAGAUGCGCUAUAAAGAAGACGACAUGGUAAGCAGAAAUAGCCUGGACAAAGGACCCUCAGGGAUAGGAAGUAUUAGCAGAAUGAAAAGGCAGGGUGCCGCCCCCACCCUGCCACACUAUUGAUGGGUACUCUUGUCCCUUGGGUCCCACAGGAAGGAGGCAGAGCGAGGGAGAAUAUACUUCAGCAACCUGCGGGCCAGAGAGAACGUCCCCACUAUGAUCAACCCCAAGCCUUGUGGGCACCUCUGCUGCUGUGCUGUUCGAGGCUGUGAAGAGGUGGAGGCCAUCCAGUACUACACGCAGUUGGAGCAGAAGCUGAAAGAAGAAUAUAAGCAGGAGCAGGAGAAAGUAAACCAGAAGCCACUGGGCAUGGCCUUUGUGACCUUCCACAAUGAGAGCAUCGCCGCCCUUAUCCUAAAGGACUUUAAUGCAUGUAAUUGGCAAGGCUGUACAUGUCAAGGGGAGCCCCGAAACUCGUCCUGCAGUGAUUCCCUGAACAUCUCCAACUGGACAGUCUCUUUUGCCCCUGACCCUCAGAACAUCUACUGGGAGAAUCUCUCCAUCCGCGGCUUCACCUGGUGGUUUCGAUGCCUGAUUAUCAACGUGGUGCUCUUCAUCCUCCUGUUCUUCCUCACCACUCCUGCCAUCAUCAUCACCACGAUGGACAAGUUCAACGUCACCAAGCCUGUGGAAUUCCUCAAUAACCCUAUCAUCACCCAGUUCUUCCCCACUUUGCUGCUGUGGUGCUUCUCAGCCCUGCUGCCCACCAUCGUCUACUACUCUACCUUCCUAGAGAGUCACUGGACACGCUCUGGAGAAAACAGAACAACCAUGCACAAAUGCUACACCUUCCUGAUCUUCAUGGUACUGCUGCUGCCUUCUCUGGGCCUGACCAGCUUGGACUUUUUUUUCCGCUGGCUCUUCGACAAGAAGUUCUUGGCUGAAGGGGCUAUUCGGUUUGAGUGUGUGUUCCUGCCGGACAACGGCGCCUUCUUUGUCAACUACGUCAUUGCCUCGGCUUUCAUCGGCAAUGCCAUGGACCUGCUGCGAAUCCCAGGGCUGCUCUUAUACAUGAUCCGCCUCUUCCUCGCUCACUCCGCCGCUGAAAGGCGCAACGUCAAGCGGCACCAGGCCUACGAGUUCCAGUUUGGCGCGGCCUAUGCCUGGAUGAUGUGCGUCUUCACGGUGGUCAUGACCUACAGCAUCACCUGCCCCAUCAUCGUACCCUUCGGGCUCAUGUACAUGCUGCUGAAGCACCUGGUGGACAGAUACAACCUAUACUAUGCAUACCUGCCGGCCAAGCUGGACAAGAAGAUCCAUGCUGGGGCUGUGACCCAGGUGGUGGCGGCGCCCAUCCUCUGUCUCUUCUGGCUCCUCUUCUUCUCUAUUUUGCGUGCUGGGUUCUUGGCCCCCACUUCUAUGUUUACGUUUGUGGUCCUGAUCAUCACCAUUGUCAUCUCUCUCUGUCACCUCUGCUUCGGAUAUUUCAAAUAUUUCAGUGCCCACAACUACAAGAUCGAUCACACCGAAACAGGGGAUGCCACUGACUCGAGAAUCAAUGGUAGUCGCCCCACUGUCAAAUCUGCAAAGUACAUUGCUCAGGUGCUGCAGGACUCAGAAGAGGACAGGGAUUCUGGGGACUCUGGUGGUUCUGGCGUGUCUGGGGGCUCUAGGACCUCUGAAGUCUCUGGGGUCUCUGGAAUUUCUGGGGCCUCUGUGAAUUCCAGAAGUAUGAAGGAGGAGCCUCCAUUAUCCUUAGAGCACGAUGAGGAGACUCUGAUAACCCAGGAGGAGCUCUCAGACACAGACUUCCAGUCCUAUGUGGAGAGCCUCAUAGAGAAUGAAAUCCACCAGUAAGGGGGGUGGGGGAGGCCCUGGUGGCUCGGCCCCUGCUCCUAACCCUUCCUCCCCAACCCUGCCCCCCACGGACACUAAAAACGCUAAUAAUUUAUUAGAUUUAAAGCCUCUUCCUUCCCCCACUCUGCUUUAAUUAAGGUAUUUCAACCCUGGGGAUGUUGCCCACUGCCUCCCUCCUUGGAGGCCAGCCUCUCCCCUGAAAGCCCUCCUCCCCUGCCCAAUGAGGAGAAUCGGCCCCGAGCUGGCCCCGGGGCAGAGUGAAGGGGGAGGGCAAAGGGGAGGUUUCCCCAAACCAGAGGCCCUUCCCCCCCCACCCAGGGCAAUGGCCAGAAUGGGGUUGAUGAGAGCCAUGAGGGGCCACAGACUGGAGAUCUGGCGGGGGUCAGGGUGGACAAUGGGACCUACA